ACUCAAACUUUUAGAAUGUUUUCUUUACUCUGGUGCGGACAUUGUUCGUCAGCGGGUUACCAAUGGAUGCAACACCGCGGGAGCUAUACCUGUUGUUUAGAGCAUAUCAGGGUUAUGAAGGCUCGCUGCUAAAGCUAACAAGUAAACCUGGGAAAAGUUCCUCUCCGGUUGGAUUUGUCACAUUUGAGAGCAGAGCAGGUGCAGAGUCGGCAAAGCAAGCGUUAUCAGGAGUACGCUUCGAUCCGGACCAACCCCAGACCAUUCGAUUAGAAUUCGCCAAGUCCAACACCAAAGUGACCAAACCUAAACAGACGUCCCCACAGCCAGCCAACCUUCCUGUGAUGGGGCCCCAUCCUGGACAGCUAACACCAAGAGACCCCUAUGACCUUAGCACUGCUGUGUUUUUGCCACACGCUGCCGAGGCAUGGGCACAUCAUCCUCUAGCUGCAGCGUACGCCGACCUGACUCCUGCCACACCAGCGAUGCAUCAUCCAGUAUUUGCCGCACACCCUGCCUUACAUGCACAAAUACCGGCAGACGGUGCUAGAGUCACAUACGUACUGCCCCACCAUGCACACUCAGCUGUUGCACACCCCCACCACCCCCACCCACACACGUCUCUGCCCCAGCCUACCAUGCCCAUGAAUAUGGCUAAUGCAGCCACCAUGGCAGCCAUUGCUGGGUCAGCACCGUGCUCCACUCUCUUUAUUGCAAAUCUGGGCACCGGCGCCAAUGCCGAACAAGAGCUGAGGGACCUGUGUAGUAGUAGCCUACCGGGGUUCACUAGGCUAAGAGUCCACAACAAGGGAGGAGCACCUUGCUGUUUUGUGGAAUUUCAGAAUAUUCCUUGUGCUACACAAGCACUGACACAUCUUCAGGGUGUAUUGCUGCCGUCCAGCGACCGUGGUGGCUUACGAGUAGAAUUUGCAAAAGCUAACAUGGGAGAGAAAACCAUAGAAUGGUCAGCCGGUGGGUUGAUCUACUCGCCGUCUCCGGCACACCACCAAAUCGGAGUUACACCCAUCAACCGAACCGCAGCUAGCCCUAUAUUCCAGUUCUGAAUCAAGCCUAAACGUCUUGAGAUCAUUCCUCGUCUGUCGCCAGUAUUGCCCCCACAGACAGUACUGUAGCCUUUCAGAAGUCAACCGGACGGCGGCCGUCAUAUCGUGAGGGAAUGAUGACGUCAAUCUCUAGGAGCUACAAUCCCGGCCAUAUCUCGUUGGGCCCCCGCACCAUGACCUCCAUGCCCCCUUUUAAUGUUGGCUCUAUUUGCGCGGUCUGCGCUACCAUCAGCAUUGAGCGGGGGUACGGGGAAAGGAUAUUUACAGUCAUGUUGCGAAUGGGUGGCCCAAGCAUUUUGACCGGGAUUUUAGGAAGGGGUGGUUUAAUUGCGCCUGGCUGAGGUGUAGAGUGGUUGGUGUCUUUUUUGAGUCCAGUGCUUUUUUGAUCAUGAAUAUGAGGCUUUCAAACUGGUGUUGAAACAGUUUUUUCUUCAUUUCGAUAAAACAAAACAAAUUCAAGUAAUUUAUAUUUUUGAGGUGUACAAUUAUAAUAUUUAAAGAAAAAGAAGGGUUUUUUAUUCUUGUUUUAUUUGAACGACAAUGAUUAUGAUUAUGAUGGAUGCGGCCCUGUGUCCUGAACCGUGGGAUGGGAACGCGGAGUCUAAAAGAAGCAAGUAUGGGGGUUUUUGUAAAGAGUUUUUCUACCUCGAUAACCAGCAUGUUCUGCUGAGACUGCAAACAGCCACAAAAGGGUUGCUUUCGUUGUUUGUACUUGGUCUCAAGUCGGGGUUUAUUCACUCAAAUUUUUCGUUAGAAAUGAGCUAUAGCAUGUUGAAUAAAUCUUUCUUUUCGGGAGAAAUUGUGAUUCUCGAAGCGUUCAGACCAAUUAGCCUUUUUGAGGUAUGGCGGACACUUUAGGAGUGCACUGUUUGGUUUGGGCGUACACUGACAAAUUUAUUCAAACCUUUUUAUAGUGUUGAAGCAUUGUGUCCGCCAUAUCUCAAAAAGGCUUAUUCAACUCCUGCUCUUCUCAGAACCACCACUCUUCUCCAAAAGGAGAGACUCUAUACAAACAAAGCUGAGUCCUUAUUGCAAUCAAGACACCAUCGUUGUAUUUUUUACACUUGUGCUUUCUUAGCUGCUUGCUAUGUUGGGUUUUCUUCUACAACACUGUGACUUUGGCCGCAGGUGGCGGCAAAGUUUUUUUUCUUCAGGGUUACAAGAUCAAAGCAGUUUGAAGAUUACACAAACAGCGGUCGGCAUGUUAUGAUCAUAAUCAUUGGUGUUGGACAUAAUCUAAUAGAUAAGAUGAGGAGUAAUUACAAGAUGUACCGUGAUGUUUUACACAAUUUAGUUCUGGGUGAAAACAAUGCCGAAGGCAUUUGCCUUGAGAAAGUUUUACGGAGACGUCAGUUGGUUUGUCGUGUGUGAUAAAACGACAAAUUUAUGAAAUUAUUUGUGUAUUUUGCUUACAUUUUGUAUUUUGGAUGAAGAGAUGUUUGUAGGAGUAUGUACAGAAAAUCAUUGAAUCCUUUGAUCAUUUUUUUCCUUCUCAGGUAGGAAGUUCUCUGAAACGCUGAGGUUAAAAUUUAAUCCCAAAAAGUUAAAAAAAAAAAGUUACAAAAAAAAAGGUCUUUCAUUCAACAGAAGUUAACAGGAGUGCUUUAUAGAGCCAUAAAUUGGCAUUGACUUUUUUUAUGCUCUUCCUGGAAUCAGAAUUUUGAUUAAUUAUUUUUAGGGAGUUAUUCCAAAACUUGAUGUCUGUGCCAGCUUUAGACUUGGUGGCCUUGAAUGAAGUUGUACAUUAAUGAAGUAUUUAAAUCAGAUGAAGUUUUUCUGCUUGGAAAUUUAAAAAUAACACAUGUAAAACGGCGAGCAUCAAAUUUACACACGCAUUUCUUUUAAAAGUGUUUGGCAAAACGGUCUAUUGCACUUGGCUUUAUAUUAAAAAUAUGUAAAACUAAAUAAAGCAAAAAGCCUGCUAUUGGUGAACUUUCAGCGAGGUUUAACCAAUCAUAGGAUGUUAGUUUAGGUCGUUACCGGUCUGAGCCAAUCAGGAUGAUUCUCAAUGAGAAGAAGAAACAAAUGGUGAAUGAAAGCAGUCGUUUCGUUGGUGGAUUUUUGUUUCUAGGCUGUGUUUUCUUCUAUUCAUCAUGAAGCAAAACAAUUCAGGGUAUAUUCUUUGUAAGGUAACAAAGUGUGUGAAGAAAUCAUCAUUUUUACAAAAAUAAAUAGAUAAAAAAGACAACAAAAUGUGUUCUAUAUAAUAAAGUUGGCAUUUUCACAGAGGAAAUUCAACUGAUAUUCAGUCUGUGUCUUGUGAGUGUAUGAUGUUUGCCUUAUUUAUGAAGAAGAAAAUGUAUAAAAUACAAGGGACCUUGUAGUAGUAGCUGUAAUAACUGUUGGGGGUCAAAUCUUUAUUUAAAAAAAAAAAACACUCUGGUAACAUUUCAAAUAACAGUCGUCUCUCCGGCUGGUCUCUUGCUAUAAUACAGUUCAAUAUUGAAAUAUCUUUUAUGAAAAACAAACUCACCUUUAACCCAAGUCUUUCUCUUCAGUCAUUCAAAUUGUCUAACGUCUUACUUUGUCGUAAGUAACGGUUACAGGCUUCAGAUGUACCUUAAACCAUGGCGAACAUCAAUUGUUUAUGAACAACUACAGAUGUUUUUCAACUUAGAUUCUCCCUUUGAUACAUUAUUUUUUUCUUUUGGUCUUGAAUUUUUUAAGGACUUUGCUUUUUGUUUUUACUUGUGGGGAUAUUUUAUCCCCAGAGUUAAGAGCAAUUUCAAGGCUGAAUUAAUGUUGGCGUAAACUCGGUGUGUGAAUUAAGUAUUUUGUAGAGCAAGGGGGAAACAAAAAUGUAAUGGGUCUUUAAAAACUCUCAUGACUAGCAAUGUCAGUUGGUAAUCAAAGCAUUUAUAUACUAUUCCCAUCCCAAUAUUUGAGCAACCAUGUUUUUUUUUCUUAUCUUAUUUUGAAAACUAUGAACAACUAUUCAGUCAUCCUUUACUAUUCAGUCAUCCCCCAAGUUGUUUGGGGUGUUGUUUUGUUAUUGCACCAACUGUAUCUAUAGACAAAACUAUUACUCUAAUUCACGUUGUCGUCGGCCAUUUUUCUUUGUGUGCUAUGGUUUUACUCCUCACUGAAGUAUGGGUUUUGUUUUGUGACUGUACCGAGAGUGAUCUAUAAUCAGUUUGUACACACUCUUCACUGGUAAACACACCCGAGGUGUUCUAAAAUACCACACCCUUUAUGUUUGGGUGUGGUCUCCACCACUCACAACAGGCUGAUUGUUUUUACGCCUAGCUUUGCUACCAUUGGCUGGGGGAUAGCGGUACACUAGCUACAGAAUGAAAAGAUUGCCUUUUAUGUUCUGUCUGGACCAGCGGUCUGUGUCAUUCUGUUCACCAGACUGAUGGUUUUAAGCCCCAGCUUUGCUUUUAUCUGCUGGUAGCUAAACGGCAGAAUGAAAGUAUUGCUUUCUGUUCUGCCUGGACCACCAUUCUGUGUCAUGCUGUUCACCAGACUAAUGUUUUUUUGCCCAGCUUUGCUAUCAUUGGCUGGUACUGGAAACUAUAAGGCUUGAAAUAAAGUGGUACACAAGCUACAGAAUGAAAAGAUUGCUUUUCUGUUCUGUCUGGACCACUAUUCUGUGUCAUUUUGUCCACCAGACUAAUGGUUUUACACCCAGCUUUGCUAUCAUCGGCUGGUACUGGAAGCUAAAAAAGCAUGGGGAUAGUGGUAUACAAGCUACAGAAUGAACAGAUUGCCUUUCUGUUCGGUCUGGACCACCAUUCUGUGUCAUUCUGUUCACCAGACUACUGGCAAGCUUUGCUACCCUCAGCUGGUAGCUAAAAGGCUGGGGGAUACACCCAAGCUAUAGAAUGAAAGUAUUCUGUUAACCAGCCUAUCAGCGAUAUUUAAUCCAAUCCAAAGUUCAUUUAUCUAUCUCUGUUCUUAUAUUAUUAGUAUUAUUAUUAAGAAAUAAUUCUAUACUGUUGUCUGAUUACUCCAAUAUUCUUUCGUAUAAAGUUAAUGGUAUUAUCGUAGCUAAUUAGCUUAAAUGUUUUCAGUGUUUUCCUUCAUUAUUUUUGAUAUAAGUGCUUAUUUGCAACAAUUAUUUUGUGCGAGUCCAAAGAGUCGAAAAUCAUUAUAGUCUAAAAAGAAGCGACAAGCCCAUCAAGUACAACAGCGGUUUAAAAGAUACAGUAUGGGAUUGUAACCUCUGUUCAAAAUGGCUGAACAUCGAGCAGAAUCCAAUUAUAUGCUAAGUUGUUUUGUCAGCCAUCAUGGUAAGCGCGGGUUCAGUCUCCAUUUUAGAUAAUGAUGAUUUGUCAAGUUGCAAUAUGGUUUCAAUUUUACAGUAAAAGCCAUGUAUUCCAUUACAUUAUUUAUAGUUAAUUCAUUCGUUUAAAAGUAUUCAUUUUUAAGUUUAUUCUAGUGUUCUAGUAUAUUCAUGUGCAGAUUCAAGCGUAGGUCAACCAAAGGUCAAUAUGUUACUUUGUUUGUCUCUCUCUCUCUGUGGGGUUCUUCAGUCAUUAAAAUGGCAUCCUGAUAUAUUUUUGUUUUCUUUUAUUCUUCGGUCUUUGCUUUAAAAUACUAUUACUCUAUAGGUGUGAAUAUUACUAUGAAGUAAUGUUUGCUAUUUUUCAUUGUUUUCUUCCUAUUUAAAGAAACCAGUUCUUUCCCAAAUGUUAUUCAAUGAAUCAUUGAUUUUUAAUUGAUUCAGAAACAAGAGAUUUUAAGGUGAUCCUUCAUGAAGCCGAUUUGCUCAAAAUGCCCGAGCAAAAAUUGUUUUCUUCUACAGUUUUUUUAUAGAAUUUUUUUAUUUGUUAUUUGUGAUAAUUGUUUCAUAAUUUCAAAUUAUUAGUAAUAAUGGAGGAGUAUUCUCUUGCAUGUAAAUUAUUCAAUGAAAGUUAGGUAGAGAGUUGUUGUGGUGGGUUUUAUUAAAAAAACAUUUAUAAACUUUUUUUGAUUUUGUUAUAAUUUGUUUUGGAGAGUUAACUUUUGGUGGCAAUUUUAAGUUAAAUCAAGGCGAAGUGUAUGAUUUAUGGUUUGAUUUCCAAAUUGUUUGUUUGUUUUUAAAAAUUCUUGUUCUUUAAUUAAACCAGUCCCUUGGUAAAGCUUAUGAAGAAAAAGAUAGUGAUUUAGUUUUGAUAAACUACCGUGCAAGUAAAACAAAACAAAAGAGAGAAAAAAAGGGAAACGGGAUUCAGUAGUCUGAAAUCUAGAUUGUUGGGCAUGCAGAUUAAAUCGUAUUGUCAGAUGCCUUAAACUAUUUUGAAAUAGAAUCCAUUUUUAGGAACCGUUAGUCUGUAGAUGAGUAUUGUUGAUACAAAACAAAAUGGUAGCAGGGCAAAUGCACACUGCUGUAAAAAAUUAUUAGAAAUGUUACCAAAAUAAACGUGGCAUUUCGUGUAUUUGUUUGCAAGGAAGAGUUGUACAUACUUAUGUCUACUUGUUUAAAAAUUUAUGAAGUUAUAAUGUCAUGAAUGUAAAGAGAUAUGAAUUGGCCUUUUUUGGUUGUCUUAGUAGUAAUAGCUUUGAAUAUUGGCUGUAUUUAUUGAAAAUAAAAGAAUAAAAAAUUGAUGCAUUAAAGUUCCUAUUUUUUAGGAUAAAAUGAGAUUUUUCAGAGCUUAAAUUAUUGAUGCAAACAAUAUUUGUACGGAUGUAAACAAUUAUUAUGAAGAUAGCAGAUUUUGUCCUUUUCCUUUUCAAUUCAUUAUUUUGUUCUUAUUAUUUUUGUUUAUUUAGUAUAAAUGUUACUUUUGUUGUUGUUUUCUUCAUUAUCUUCUUUCAUCGUGACUGACGACCAAAACUGUAAAAUAAAACCCGUAUAAAUUUGAACUUUUGAGAAAUAUCUUUUAAGUCUAAAAAUUUGAUUUGUGGGUUUAAAACUUCACAGAAGCUUGUGUGACACCCUCAAACAAUUCAAAAAGGCGUGUUCAUUAUUAUUUCACAAGGUCAUUAUAGAGGAGGUCAACACUGAGUGUUUAAUCUAUCCUUGGGGCCCAAUUUUCUUCGAGAAAAAAAAUAGCUUAGCACAACCAAAAUUAUGCUUACCAGCAUAACGUUACCAGCCAAACUACAAUCUUA